AUUUUGGUCACCGAGCACACAAGGAAAGAAAGCAGUGGGAAGAAGUGUGGAAAGCUGCCUCCCCCCUCCCCCCUUCUCUCUCUCUCUCUCUCUUGCUUGCUCUCCCACUCAUCCCCAUCACAUCCACACCCAAGGAUAACCUCCGUGCCUCUGCCUCUCUCUCUUUCCCCUACAUCCAUUCAAUUUUCUCUCAAAAACACCUACCUUUUGUUGUAUUUAACUCCCAGGAGGAAAAUGCAUGCCUGACCUCGCUCUUUUCAUUCCAGCACUUUAGUGGAUGCUGUACUUUUUUUUCUUUCUUGUUGCUACCUGUGGAGGUUCCCUGCUUCGCCGGUUCUUCCCUAGCCAGUUGUCACAUUGAGCGCAGCCCCACAGAGAGGCAGGAUGCUGGGAUUGGACGCGUGUGAGUUUGGGGGUCAGGUGCUGGAGCUGCUGUGGCUAACUAUGUGCUACAGAGGAUUCCUGAUGGACAAGAGGGAGUGCCCCUUGGAGGAGGGAGAAGAUGACAGGAACCUCAACUACAAUCCUCCAGCUCAGAAAACUCUACAGGAAAUUCAGGAUCUGGACAAAGACGAUGAGAGUCUGGUGAAAUACAAGCAGACUCUGCUCGGGAGCCGACCAAUAAUGACGGAAUUCUCUGGCCCAAAUGUCCAGGUGACCAAACUGACUCUGUUAAUUGAUGAAGCCUCUGGACCAGUCACCAUCAAUCUAACAGGAGAUGCAAAAAGCCUGAAGGAGAAGACCUUCACCUUAAAGGAAGGCGUCAAAUACAGGCUCAAAAUACAAUUUAAGGUGAACAAAGAAAUCGUCGCUGGUUUGAAGUACCAUCAUGUGGGCUUCAGAAAAGGAGUAAAAAUGAUCAAAGUCUCCUACAUGAUGGGCAGUUUCUGUCCUCGUGAGAAUGAACAUGAGUUUGUGUUCCCCACUGAUGAGACACCUCAAGGAUUGUUGUCACGCGGCCUCUAUCAGAUGGAGUCCCACUUUACUGACGACGACAUGAACAUCUAUUCAGCCUGGGAAUGGAACCUUGAGAUCAAGAAGGACGAGUAGAGGCUCUUCUCAUCUUCAUACUUUCAAUCCGCCACUCUCCUUCUUAUCAUUGCGUAUACAGCAUCUUUUGAAGACAUAAUACUCUUCAUAUUCGCUUACUGGCGUCAAUGUGCGCGACUUUCUUGAAACACAAAGGGCCGUUUAGAGAACAGUAGCCCCUGUUGUCUCCCUUUGCAUUAAGACCAUUGUGAAAUAUCCAUAUCAUGAGGCUUUGAGAAGCCAUUUUCCUCAACCUGCCGUAUAUCACAUAGCAACAGUGGAUGUUAUGAAACUGCAAGCAAAAAGAGAAAGUGAAAAAUGAAUAGAUGCUAUUGCUGUGCUUAUUUCCAGUGGCACAUUAUGUCUUUACAAAUCGUGAUAUGCAGGUUGGGCGGGCUGGAGUGCAGCACAAAAUACAACAUAAACAUUGAAGAGCAUCCAAAACUGAAGAAACAAAAAAUGAAGAGACACGCACAAUAAAUUGUCUCAACAUCAUGUUGAAAUAUCAAGUAGUUUUAUAAUUAAUUGCAGUAAUUAGACGUCAUAUAGAGUUGAAGCUAAAGGGGAACUAGCACAUUACAUAUUACAAGAACCACUAAAUAAUGAUUAGUGUUGCAUCGAUACCAUUACCAAUACAUAUCUCGAUACACAGCAGUGUGGUAUCGGCUCAUGCCUAUAUUGUACUGAUACCACGUUUUCUAAUAUCUUUCAAUACUAAAUUACUGCAUACUCACUUGACUUUAAAAUCGUUGCUAACUCAUUAGCUGCCAUUGAUGGCGCUAGACGUCCAAACCAUUUGAAUUGGAACGGGUCCCUCCCACCCUCCCACUUCAAAUUGAUUUGGAGUCUACUAGUGAUAAACUCAAAUUCAAAUGAUGAUUGAACAAUAAGGGCUCUUAUUUUGGUUGUUUUUUUAAACAGCGGUUUGCGUAGCUGGCAGCCAUCUUGGGUGGGUUGGAAACUAAUCCUCAAAGAGUAUAUAUCGCCCAGCAUCCCAUCGGCGCGUUAUUUCUGAAUACUCCCCUGUACCGAUGACGUCAUUUUAAUGCCGUAUCGGUACCGAUACCAAUAGUAUCGGUGCAACGCUAAUGAUCAUCUUCAGGAUGCGCUGACCUCACAUUGUACACGUUUUGAAACGUGUUUUGCUUGUAAAGCAGCAGUUCUUUCAGGUCUUUGUGAAGCUUUUUGGACCUUUGAAAGGUUUUAAACACAACAGUUGGACUUUGUAUAUUGUAGAAAGAAAUGCAUGUUUUAGGAUUUGAUACUAAUUACACACGUUAAAGUAAGAUAGACAAUGUAUAGUAAGUACACAAGAUGGGACUGCAGUGUUUGCUGUAAAUGUACACUGGCGUCAUCAAAAAAAACAUUUUUUUGGUGCUAGUAUCCAAAAUCCAUCUUAAAAUAAACUCGGUCUACAGUUCAUUUCACAUAGAGGUAGUAAUUUAACAAUACAAUAUUUCUGAUCUUGUGGUUGUGGUUUACAAUCCUACAACUACAUGACAUUAUAACACAAGGCUACAAGAUCUCAUUUGAUUCUGCUAGUGUACCCAAAUUUUGGUGAGUAUGGAGACGAUUUUGAGAUAUGUACUGUAUAUAGGAGACAUACAUUCAGGUGUGAUGUAUUCAUCCCCAGUAGAGAAAACUGAUUCAUGCGUUAGACAGGAACGAGGAAUUCAUUCAACGUGUCGUAAUCUAUGAAUAAUUGUAAACGUUGGCUUGUUGGGUGUUGCAUGGUUUAAUAAGAGUGUAUCUCUUUGUUUUUAUACAACUUAACUGUAAAAAUGUGAGUGAUUCCAAAAAAAACACUGUGGCUUAUCCAGAGGUUGAAGGUUGACUACAGAUGGUGCAGUGUUUAAAUUACUCUUUAAAGCAGGGCAGGCUGAACUGUGGGGUCAACUGAAUUGUGUAUCGAUCACUGAAAUGUUCAUUAUUGGUGUCAAAUCUUGUAUGCUGUAUCUUUUAAUAAAGGGUGAUGAA